UAGAUCGGUUGCCUCCCCCGUCCCUCUCCACCUCCCGCUACUUAUAUACCAAAGCCUCGGCUUGUAAGGGUCAGCUCCUUCCUCACCGCACCUCGCCUCGCCUUGCCUACCUCUCUCCUCUCCACCUCCAGCUCCCUCCCUCUAUCUUUGCCUCCAACUGCAGCUGCGUCUGCUGCUGCUGCCAUACUUGUUGCAUCUAUAGACUCCUCCUCCGCAGGAACCAACACCGCCUUCAGGUGAGUUUAAAUAGAUACGUCGAUCGACCAGACGUGGGAGAAGCCAGUAGCAUGAGGGACAUGGCAGAGAGGAGAUCAAGGCAUGGGCACGGGCAUGCCAACGUCGUGCCGUUCGGGGCAGGAGCAGGAGGAGGGUUGCAGCACGGAGAGCAUGACCAGGAGAAGGUCAAGGAGAAGAAGCUGGACAUGAGCGGCCUGUCCAUGGACACUAUCCCGCACCUCACCAUGUCCCUUGGCCACAUCACCACCUUGGACCUCUCCAACAACAAUCUCGAGAGCAUUCCAGAGUCAAUGAUCGCGCGGCUGCUGAACGUGGUGGUGCUGGACGUGCGCUCCAACCAGCUCAAGUCGCUGCCCAACUCCAUCGGCUGCCUCUCCAAGCUCCGGGUCCUCAACGUCUCCGGCAAUCUGCUCCAGUCCCUUCCCGCCACCAUCGAAGAAUGCCGUGCGCUGGAGGAGCUGAACGCCAACUUCAACCAGCUGACGAGGCUGCCGGAUACACUGGGCUUCGAGCUCCACAGCCUCCGGAGGCUCUCCGUCAACUCCAACAAGCUCACCAGCCUGCCCUUCUCCACCUCGCACAUGACAGCGCUGCGGGCCCUGGACGCGCGCCUCAACUGCAUCCGUGCCCUCCCCGAGGGCCUUGAGAACCUCGUCAACCUCGAGGUGCUCAACGUCAGCCAGAACUUCCACUUCCUCAGGGAGCUGCCCUACGGCCUGGGGCUCCUCACCUCGCUCCGGGAGCUUGACAUCAGCUACAACUCCAUCUCCGUGCUCCCAGACUCCAUGGGCUGCCUAGCCAAGCUCAACAAGUUCAGUGCCGUCGGGAACCCGCUUGUCUGCCCCCCUAUGGACAUCGUUGAGCAGAGCCUUGACGCCAUGCGUACCUACCUCAGCUCCAGGAUGAACGGCACCGGCGUCAACGCCAAGAAGAAGAAGGGGUGGCUGCCCAGGAUGGUCAAGUACAACACCUUCUCCGCGCGGAUGACUCCCGGACGCAAGAGUGCCCACGACAACUCUGAGGGCUUCUCGAUGUCAGACUACCACUCGCUCAACGGCUCCGCGUCUCCGGGGUUCCUCUCCAUGCUUUCGCCACGACGGCUCUUCUCGCCGCGGAGAGAUUCGCCCAAGCAUCAUUAAGGGUGGUCCACCUUGUAAGUGGUUUGAUCUUUCAAGUAUUCAGAUGAAAUGAUCCUAGGUGCUGCUGUUUCUGCAGGUGUGUACAUAUGUCUGAAGAGGUAUAUAUACCGUAGUGCAUAUAGUAGUACAACAGGGCAUUGAUGUACAUAGAAACUAAAAAGAGCGGUUUUACCUUCCUUCUGUAUUUUUGAUUACUCGUUACAGAUGCUUUUGUAAGUGCGGUGGAUUUUGAGUAAAAUUGUAAUCCUUUGUAUGUUGAAUGAACAUAAAGUUUGAGGUUUGGAAUGUAAUCCUUUGUGUUGAAUGAA